AGACAGCUGGGUAGUGGGGUAUUGUUACUAAGUUCCUUUUUUGUUGAUUGCAGUUUGUUCACUGAGAUCUGGAGGAGUUCAUGGAAAAAAAUUGAAGCUUUUCGAAUUUGUUCAUUACGUUUGAAGAAGUAGAUUUUUGGUUUCGGGUGGAAGUUUUGCAAUCUUAAGACCAUGUUUCGGAUUUCAAAGUCUGCUCUUCUGGUAUAGGAUGCAUGGAAGUUCACAUUUUCUGAGUGGGCGAGGUUGUAUGAAGAUGGACAUAUGGAGCUUCGACAAGAAAGCUCCAAGUUUGGGGCAACUUCAAGUAAUCUCUCUUCUUCUUCCUCAGCAUUCGUUUCUGCAAUUCAGUCGCCCUUUUUCUCUCCGAGGUCACCAUGUCAAGGGACUGAAUUUAUCCGGUCUGACAUCCGAAACUUGCUGCCUGCCAAUCCUAGUUCUAGCACUGUAAUUGAGAAAUCUGGAUCUCAGUCAGUUGGAUAUGUCGCAGCCAAUCUUUCACCUGCCCCAGUUUGUAAUUGGAGUGAUUUCCAGAAACCAACACCCUGUGACCAUGCUUCUUCUUCAAUUGAUAUUUUACAAAGUAACUCAUCUAGUCGCAGCAAGGGCAACAAGACUAGCAUUGGUCAACCCAGGCACACAGAGAAGCAGAAAAAAUGGAAGAGAAGCCAAGGAAAGUUCUCUUAUACUCGAAAUUCAGCUUCACUUUCCUUUAAUAGGCGGAGGAGUUAUGAUGUCUACAUAGGUUUUCAUGGCCGCAAGCCUUCUCUUCUGAAAUUUUCUAAUUGGCUCCGUGCAGAGUUGGAAGUUCAAGGGGUGAGUUGUUUUGCAGCUGAUAGAGCUCGUUAUAGGAAUUCCCGAAGCCAUGACAUUGUUGAGAGAGCAAUGAAUGUUUGUUCUUUUGGGGUGGUGAUCCUUACCAAGAAGUCAUUUGGGAAUCCAUAUAGCAUUGAGGAGUUACGAAGUUUCUUGAGUAAGAAGAACCUUGUUCCAAUUUUCUUUGAUCUGGGUCCAGGUGACUGCCUUGCUAGAGAUAUAAUCGAAAAGAGAGGGGAGAUGUGGGAGAAACAUGGUGGUGAACUGUGGGUGUUGUAUGGAGGGUUGGAGAAGGAAUGGAAGGAAGCCAUUGAUGGCCUUUCACGGGUUGAUGAAUGGAAAUUGGAGGCUCAAGAUGGAAAUUGGAGAGACUGUAUAUUGAAGGCAGUGAUUCAAUUGGCGACAAGGUUAGGAAGGAGAUUUAUAGCUGAUAGAGUGACAAGUUGGAGGGAAAAGGUGGAGAAAGACGAAUUUCCUUUCCCUAGAAAUGAAAAUUUCAUUGGAAGGAAGAAAGAACUUUCUGAGCUAGAACUUAUUCUCUUUGGCGAUAUCAGUGGAGAUGCGGAAAAGGAAUACAUUGAACUCAAGACUAGGCACAGGCGGAAGAAUUUGGUGAUAAGUCGAGGUGAAAACAGCAGGAUGGGGGAAGAAGUGAGGGAUCAGUACACUGAGAGUAGCAGCAACAAGGGAAAAGAACCAGUGGUAUGGAAGGAAUCCGAGAAAGAAAUUGAGAUGCAAAGGGUUGGAAGUCCUCAAAGCCAGUCCCGUACUUCAUGGGGAAAGAAUGUUAGAAGAUAUGGGAGGAGAAAGAGAUCAAUGAAAAUUUUGUAUGGGAGAGGGAUUGCUUGUGUGUCUGGGGAUCCAGGCAUAGGCAAAACAGAACUUCUUCUAGAAUUCGCCUAUAGGUUUUCACAAAGGUAUAAGAUGGUUCUGUGGGUUGGAGGGGCAUCCAGGUACAUAAGGCAGAAUUAUUUGAACCUAUUGUCAUUUUUAGACAUUGACAUGAGGGUUGAAAGUCAUUUCUCUGAAAAAAGCAAAAUAAAAAGUUUCGAAGAUCAGGAAGAAAUAGCCAUUUCUAGAGUGCGGAAAGAACUUAUGCGUGAGAUACCUUUCUUAGUGGUGAUUGAUAACUUGGAGAGCGAGAAGGAUUGGUGGGACCAGAAAUUUUUGAUGGAUCUGCUCCCUCGAUUUGGUGGUCAAACCCACUUCUUAAUCUCCACUCGUCUUCCUCGGGUAAUGAAUUUGGAGCCUCUGAAGCUCUCCUACUUAUCUGAAAUGGAAGCAAUGUCUUUGAUGAAGGGAAAUCUCACUGACUAUACAAUUGCUGAAAUUGAUGCUCUUAGGAUUAUUGAGGGGAAACUUGGAAGGCUUACAAUAGGCCUUGGGGUUGUAGGAGCAAUCCUUUCCGAGCUUCCUAUAAAUCCCAGCAGACUUCUUGAUACCAUUAACAGAAUUCCUCUAAGAGAUAUGACAUGGAGUGGCAAGGAGGGUUCUACGUUAAGGCGACACACCUUCCUCCUGCAACUUUUAGAAGUUUGUUUCUCAAUAUUUGACCAUGCAGAUGGACCAAGGAGUUUGGCAACUAGAAUGGUUCAGGUUAGCUGUUGCUUUGCCCCUGCAGCUAUUCCAAUUUCCUUAUUAGCUCUAGCGGCACGCAAGGUACCUGAGAAGCACAACGGUACAGGAUUGUGGAAAAAAUGUUGGAGUAGUCUCAGUUGUGGCGUCACAUCAACACGCACCAAGAGAUCAGAAGUUGAAGCGUCAUCUAUGCUGGUAAGGUUUUCUAUUGCAAGAAGUAGCACCAAACCAGGGUUCAUCCAAUUCAAUGAGCUCAUCAAAUCCUAUGCUCGCAAGAGAGGGGUCAGCGGAGUUGCCCAGGCCAUGGUUCAAGCAAUCAGUAGCCGAGGUUCCAUUGUCCAGCACUCUGAACAUUUGUGGGCAGCAUGCUUCUUGCUAUUUAGGUUUGGGACUGACCCUGUUGUUGUUGAGCUGAAAGUGGAUGAGUUGUUAGUCUUUGUAAGACAGGUGGUUCUACCUCUAGCAAUCCACACAUUUUUUACAUUCUCGCGUUGCAAUGCGGCUUUAGAGCUCCUCCGCUUAUGCACUGAUGCCUUGGAAGCUGCAGAGGAAUCCCUUGUUUCCCGAGCAGAGAAAUGGUUGGAUAGAUCACUAUGUUGGAAAUCAGUCCAAUCUAACGCACAGUUGAACCCAUACCUUUGGCAAGAAUUGACACUCUUGAGAGCUACUGUUCUAGAAACAAGGGUUAAGUUAAUGAGCAGAGGAGGGCAAUAUGAUAUAGGGGAUGAACUCAUCAGAAAAGCUUUGUUCGUCAGGACAUCAAUCCUUGGGGAGCAUCACCCAGAUACAAUCGCCACCCGUGAAAUACUAAGCAAGGUCACAAGACUUCUUACAAAUGUCCAAGGCAGAUGAUUUUCAGACAAUCUUUCAUAUAAUUCUCCAUCUCUAUUCUUUUUGUUGGCAGGAGUGAUUCACAUUAUUAUAGAAUGCUAAAAUAAAUUCGCUUCUCAAAGCACUCAAAGGAAAAUUAUCAAUGUUAAGGUCUAGCCUGUUAAAUCCCAUUUUAACCAAUUGUAGAAUCUUAACAGCACAUUCUUUCUA